AUUGCCAUGGGAAUUCCUCUCCACAGGAUCAAAGAUAUCCGGGUCAUGUAUGGGGCUGCCCCCUGGGGGGACACCCCUAUUGAGUUUGACAACCCGGCCCACAUGCCUUGUCCGCGGGGCCACGUGAUUGCAGCCCGUAUCACCAGUGAGAACCCGGAUGAGGGAUUUAAACCCAGUUCUGGAACAGUCCAGGAACUGAACUUUCGCAGUAAUAAGAACGUCUGGGGUUAUUUCAGUGUCGCCGCUGCAGGAGGACUUCAUGAGUUUGCUGACUCUCAGUUUGGUCACUGUUUCUCGUGGGGAGAAAAUCGUGAAGAAGCCAUCUC